UUAUUCAUUUCAUUUAAGUCAGUAGAAUGCUUUUUAGUUAUAUCACAGAAUAUCGGAAAUGUGGUUAUACUGUGCCCGAAUAACAGCGGGAUCGCAAAUACUUGUGGCAGUUUUGUCUGACAUCGCGACAUCAAAAAAACUGACAACCUGUCAACCCAACUCGUGGGAUACAUGUGGUUUUAAAGUUUGAUACUAGUUCAAUAAUUAAAUCAGUUAAACUAAUGUUUGAAAGUGUCUGUGCGUGUUAUGUUAUCUAUAAAAUAUGAUAACUUAAGUGUCAGGGUCAUAGGGUGACUUUCAAAUAAUAAAUAAUGAUUUGAACUUGACGAUGGAAAUUUCUAGCAUAUGAAAUGCAUUAGAAAAGUUCGGUGAACGAAUUGGUGUUGGAGUUACACUUGAAUAUAAAAUGGAAGAAGUUCAAGGUAUUUUGAAAAGGGCUGAUGCUGUAUGUUUUGACGUAGACUCUACCGUUAUCCAGGAGGAAGGAAUAGAUGAACUUGCAAAGUUUUGCAAUAAAGGAAAGCAGGUGUCAGAAAUAACAGCCAGAGCAAUGACGGGGAACAUGACAUUCCAAGAUGCCUUAAAUUUACGGUUGAAUAUAAUAAAUCCAAGUUUGAAUCAAGUCAAGGAAUUUAUAUCCACAAAACCUCCAACUUUAACUCCUGGAAUCAGGAAGUUGGUGGAAGUACUACACAACCGUAAAGUACUAGUAUUUUUGGUGUCUGGGGGUUUUACAAGCUUGAUUGAACCAAUCGCUAAGCAGUUGAACAUUCCAAGUGAAAAAAUCUAUGCAAAUAGGCUCAAAUUUUAUUUUACAGGUGAAUAUGCAGGUUUUGAUGAAAAUGAGCCUACUUCAAAAAGUGGUGGAAAGGGUGUGGUGAUAGAUCUCAUAAAAAAUAAGUACAACUGUAAAAAUAUUGUCAUGAUUGGAGACGGGGCCACAGAUCUUGAAGCUUGUCCUCCUGCUGAUGCAUUUAUAGGUUACGGUGGUAACGUCAUCAGACCAACCGUUCAAGCCAAAGCAAAGUGGUUUGUUCAUAAUUUCAAGGAAUUAAUUGACGUUUUGCAGGAGUAGUUUCGAUUUGAAUCAGAACAUUUGUAAAUAUACCAAAGUGAAAUUUUCCGCAAUUUUCCAUUAAUAAAAUUUUUAUUCAGUUGUC